AAUACGUACCUCGUCUCAUGGAAAAGUAUGGAAGGAGCAGCUCGCGUCCGUCUCCAAAUUUCAACAUCCCCUUUCUCACGCCAUCGCUGAAAAUUAAUAGAGGGUCGAACGAAGCCUCUGUGAGUGCGCGCGCACGUGCAUAAGAACAGUCGGUCCCGAAGCGCUCUUUCUUCUUUCUCUUCUAAUCACUGUAGUAAUUAGAGAGAGAGAGAGAGAGAGAGAGAGAGAGUUAUAGAUCUGGCCGGAUGAAGAGGGAAGAGUUGAAAUGCUCUUAUAGUUAGUUCUGAAGGAUGGAUUUGAAUGAUCGAGAGCAGCAGUAGCAGCAGCCCUAGGGCAUUCCUUUCCCUUUCGUCCGUAUGGACUUCUCUAGAGUCGGAGAAAAGAUCCUCAGCUCCGUCCGAUCCGCCAGAUCUCUCGGCCUUCUCCCUGCUCCGUCGGAUCGACCCGAGGUUCCAGCUCGGGCUGUAGCAGCAGCAGCUGUUGCGAGAGCUCUUGCAGGUCUCCCACCACAUCAAAGAUUUACUCUUCCAUCAGGUUCUGAAGAAUUGGUAUCAAUAUAUGGAACCAGACCUCGUGGUCAAAUAAUAGAGGAUCUAGAAGAAGAUUUCUAUAAUGAGGAUUUCGAUCCAGUUAGGCAUGUUCUAGAACAUAUUCCAUCCGAAGAAGAUGAUCUGACAUAUUUUGAGAAGAAGGCUGCACUUAGAUUAUCACAACUGGAUGGGAUAGCAGAACGAUUAUCAUGCCAUGUUAUGGAGCACCAUGAAGAAAUGGUGAAGGGGAUGCAAUUGGUGAUGGAAGUGGAACAAGACUUGAAGGUUGCAAAUGUGAUUUGCAUGAAUGGACGUAGACACUUAACCUCGUCUAUGCAUGAGGUAUCAAGGGAUCUUGUUGUCAAUUCAAAUGCCAAGAAGAAACAAGCUCUUUUGGACUUGCUUCCAGUUCUAAUCGAACUUCGCCAUGCAAUCGACAUGCGUAUGGCUCUCGAGUCUCAUGUAGAAGAUGGAAACUACUUUAGGGCAUUUCAAGUACUGUCAGAGUAUUUACAGGUUUUGGAUAGUUUUUCUGAGCUUUCUGCUAUACAAGAAAUGAGCCGUGGUGUAGAGGUUUGGCUGGCAAAGACACUUCAAAAGUUGGAUGCACUCUUACUAGGAGUUUGUCAAGAGUUCAAAGAAGAGAACUACAUAACUGUACUGGAUGCUUAUGCUCUAAUAGGUGAUGUUGCUGGUCUUGCUGAAAAAAUCCAGAGCUUCUUUAUGCAAGAAAUUCUAUCAGAAUCCCAUUCUGUUUUGAAGGAUACUGUGCAGGAAGGUCCGGGAUUACCUAAUAUGCAGAGUAGGAUACUACAUCUUUGUGGGUGGAAACCUUGUCACUUGGAAAGAUUUACGUACAGUGAUCUGUGCCUUCAAAUACCAGAAUCCAAGUUUAGGCUUUGUUUGUUAAAAACACUGUCUAUCUUGUUCAAGUUGAUGUGUUCGUAUUAUGCAAUCAUGAGCUUUCAGCCCAAAACAAAGGACUCAGAAUCUCAGAUUUCUAGCACAAAGAGGAUGCAGGGCAGCACCUCUGUCUGUUCAGAAGGGGUUCUGCAUGCUGAUUCAGCAUCAAAAGUUUCGAAUAAUUCCAGUUCUGAGAAUGGCUUAGUAUCUGAACCUUUACACGAGCUACUACCAAGUCCAUUCUCAACAGAAGAAUCUUCUGAAACAGGUGACGACAUGUCCUCUACAUCUGGUAGUGGUUCUCCAUUUGAUCAGCUGAGGAAGGAUGCCAUAGCAUUUGUUGCACAAACACUACAGAGAGGGCGGAAGAAUCUAUGGCAACUUACAACAAGUCGUGUAUCUGUGUUGCUUUCAUGCUCCGCAGUUUUCUCAACAAGCACACAUCAAUUCCUAAGAAAUUAUGAAGAUAUAAAUAUAUUCAUCUUAGCUGGCGAAGCUUUUUCUGGUGUGGAAGCUGUUGAGUUCAGGCAGAGAUUGAAGCUUGUUUGUGAAAAUUAUUUUUCAGCUUUUCAUCGACAAAAUGUUUACGCGCUUAAGAUGGUUUUGGAGAAGGAAACUUGGCAUAAAAUGUCAGACACAGUCCAAAUAAUUAGUUUGGCAGGCCUUGUUGGUGACGGGGCUCCCCUAAUUGUUCCAACUGAUGGUGACCGUGCUAAGAUGUCUGUUCUUCAUUCCAAGAAAUUAUCCGAUUUGGUCGAAACAGGGAACCAGAAGAAUGGGUUUGCUCAUUGGCUUAAUACCGGAAAUCCAUUUUUGUUAAAGCUGACAUUUAGCCACAAAGACUGUUCAAUUCCCCAACCACGGCCCAAGGGGUCAACGGUCUCCUGUGAAAGUGAUGGAAAAAUCAUUGAUCUUUUAUGUAAUGAUAUGAUGUCGCCCAGAAGCAAUGAUACGAAUCAUAUGAAUGGAAAUAAUUCUCUUCUGGAAGAUGAAAACGAAGAUCUUCUUGCUGACUUUAUUGACGAGGAUAGUCAGCUCCCAAGUCGCAUCUCCAAACCUACACUUGCAAGGAAUCACUCUGCACACUGGAAUAUUGAGGAGAUUACAGCACAUACAGGAUCCUCGAUUUGCCUUCUAAGGUUGAUGGACAAAUACGCGAGGCUCAUGCAGAAAUUAGAAAUAGUUGAUGUCGAAUACUUUAAGGGUAUUUGUCAGUUGUUUGAGGUGUUUUUCCAUUUUCUAUUUGAAACUUUUGGUCAGCGGGAUAUGUACCUUAGUGGAAGAGGACUAACAGAUUCGCUAAGCCAUCGUCUCAAGACAGCCUUAUCGAGAAUAGCACAGGAUUGUGAUCAAUGGAUAAAGCCUCAAACGAUGUCAAACUCUUUGUCUUUGACCACAUCAUUGAGUCCAUUAACACAAAUGGAUGUGACACCUACUAGCCCAACCAGCACUAAUGUUGGCAAUGCACCAGCUAUUUCAUUUGGACUAAAGGAAAGAUGUGUGGGUGCUGAGACAAUCUCUUUGGUUGCUCGGAUAUUACAUAGGUCUAAAGCUCAUCUUCAGUCGAUGCUAUUGCAAAAUAAUGCUGCUGUGGUUGAAGAUUUCUAUGUGAAUUUGGUGGAUUCUGUACCAGACCUCGUUGAGCACAUUCAUAGGACCACUGCAAGGUUGCUCCUCCAUAUCAAUGGGUAUGCGGACCGUAUUGCUAAUGCCAGAUGGGAGCUAAAAGAACUUGGACUGGAGCACAAUGGGUAUGUUGAUCUAUUGCUGGGAGAAUUUAAGCAUUAUAAAACAAGGCUGGCUCAUGGUGGAAUCCAUAAGGAGAUUCAAGACCUUGUCCUUGAGUAUGGACUUGAAAAUGUUUCUGAAACGCUUAUAGAAGGUCUAUCACGAAUAAAGAGGUGCACUGAUGAAGGACGAGCUCUAAUGUUGUUAGACCUUCAGGUCUUAAUCAAUGGUCUACAACAUUUUGUCUCCAUCAAUGUGAAGCCAAAGUUUCAAGUUGUUGAAACUUUUAUAAAGGUAAAUUUACAGUGGGCCCACCUGAUGCAAUACUUGGAUGUCGAACAUGCAUGGCCUUGUAUUGAAGCAGAUGUCCGCUUAGAGGCAUACUAUCUUCCAGAAACCGAGUACCUUCACUGGGCACGCUCUCAUCCGGAAUACAGUAGGAGUCAGAUUGUAGGAUUAAUCAAUCUUGUCGCGACAAUGAAAGGCUGGAAACGAAAGACAAGAUUGGAAGUGCUGGAAAAGAUUGAAGGAAGUGUGUGACUAUUAGUUUUAAAAAAAUAUAUAUAUUCCCUGUGUAUCAGCCAUGGCUCUUGAAGCCAUUCCCUCAAUUCUUUUUCUAGGUAGGACAUAAACCAGAUAUACAACAUUUCCAGUGGAACAUUAUAUAGAGGAGUGUAUAUUUUCUAUGUGCUACAUCUGUAACAUAUAUUUCCAUGAGGGAACAUUAAAUGUGAAUUUUAACCACAUCAAUCCUUUUGUCUCCUUGGAGGCCUUUCUAUC